AUGACAGAAUCAGUUGAAUCUACCACCGGUAGCACAUCAGCCCAACAUACUGUUAUGACUACACCCUCUGAACUAAUAACUGAUCAUGCACCUUCUGAGGCUGUCUCUACAGAUACCUUUGUAGAACCAACAACAUUGACAGAAUCAGUUGAAACGAGCACUGGUGUCACCACAACCCAGCAUACUGAUUUGACUACACCCUCUGGAUCAACAACUGAAUUUACAUCAAUUAAGGGUGUCUCUGAAGUUACCAUUGUAGAAACAUCCACAAUAACUGGACCAGUUGAAACUAUCACUAGUGUCAGCACAAGCCCACAUACUGAUGUGAGCACACCAUAUAAAUCAACAACUGAUCUUGCAUCUUCUAUGGCUUUCUCAAAUGUUACCCUUGUAGAACGAACAGCAAUGGCAGAAUCAGUUAAAUCUACCACUGGUAGCACAUCAGCCCAACGUACUGAUAUGACUACACCCUCUGAACUAACAACUGAUCAUACACCUUCUGAGGCUGUCUCUACAGAUACCUUUGUAGAACCAAUAUCAUUGACAGAAUCAGUUGAAACUAGCACUGGUGUCAGCUCAGCCCAGCAUACUGAUUUGACUACAUCCUCUGGAUCAACAAAUGAAUUUACAUCAACUAAGGUUGUCUCUAAAGUUACCAUUGUAGAACCAUCAAUCAUAACUGGGUUAGUUGAAACUAGCACUAGUGUCAGCUCAAGCCCACAUACUAAUGUGAUCACACUCUCUGAACCAACAACUGAUCUUACACUUUCUGAGGCUUUCUCAAAUGUUACCCCUGUAGAACGCACAAGAAUGACUGAAGCAGUUGAAAAACUUACCUCUUUUGAAGCAACAACAACAGGAUCAGUUGAAACUAGCACUGGUGUCAGCCUAACCCAACGUACUGAUGUGACUACACCCUCUGGAUCAACAACUGAUCUUCCAUCAUCUGAGACUGUCUCAAAUGUCACCCUUGUAGAACCAACAAUGACAGAAUCAGUUGAAACUAGCACUAGUGUCAGCUCAACCCAGCGUACUGAUUUGACUACACCCUCUAGAUCAACAACUGAAUUCACAUCAACUAAGGGUGUCUCUAAAGUUACCAUUGUAGAAACAUCAACAAUAACUGGAUCAGUUGAAACUAGCACUAGUGUCAGCUCAAGAUCAGUUGAAACUAGCACCGGUGUCAGCUCAACCCAACGUACUGAUGUUACUACACCCUCUGAAUCAACAACUGAUCUUCCAACCUCUGAGGCUUUCUCAAAUGUUACCCUUGUAGAACGCACAACAAUAAGAGAAUCAGUUGAAUCUACCACCAGUGUCACAUCCGCCCAUCAUACUGAUGUGACUACACCCUCUGAAACAUCAACUGAUCGUACAUCUACUGAGGCUGUCUCAAAUGUUACCCUUGUAGAACCAACAAUGACAGAAUCAGUUGAAACUAGCACUAGUGUCAGCUCAACCCAGCGUACUGAUUUGACUACACCUUCUAGAUCAACAACUGAAUUCACAUCAACUAAGGGUGUCUCUAAAGUUACCAUUGUAGAAACAUCAACAAUAAAUGGAUCAGUUGAAACUAGCACUAGUGUCAGCUCAAGCUCACAUACUGAUGUCAGCACACCAUAUGAAUCAACAACUCAGUUUGCCUCUACUGAAGCCAUCUCAAAAGUUACCUCUGUCAAACCAACAAUAACUGAAUCAAUUGAAACUAGCACUGGU